AAUACAAACCUGAGCUAUAUUUGGAGAAACAUGCCAGGUUCAAACCAGACUCCACCAAGGAUUGAAGAAUUCAUCAUCAUUGGCUUCCCAGGGUUUCGGGACACAGACAGCCAGACCACCAUUUUUGGUUCCUUAUUGGCAAUCUACAUUUGCAUUUUACUGGGAAACCUCCUAAUUGUAAUUAUUUUUCUUCAUGACAAAAACUUGCACAGCCCCAUGUAUAUUCUCAUUACUAAUCUUGCUCUUACAGAUAUCCUGGUUUCAUCUGCCACUGUUCCCAAAUUGCUCUCUAUUCUCCGAUCAGGUUCUGGGGUCAUUUCAUUUGCUGCCUGUUUCCUUCAAAUGUUCUCUUAUUAUUCUAUGACCAAUGUUGAGUCAUUCCUACUUGUACUAAUGGCCUACGACAGAUACCUGGCUAUCUGUAAUCCACUCCACUAUUUCACGCUUACAAGCAAUAGUUUGGUGUUGAGACAAAUUGGCUGGUGUUGGGCCUGUGCGUUCCUUAUUGUAAUCGUUCCUCUAAGUCCGUCUGUUGCAUUAGCAUUCUGUGGGUCUAAUAUUGUGAACCAUUUUUUCUGUGACCAUUCUGCCCUGCUGAAAUUAGCCUGUAGUGAUACUACCAUCAAUAAUUAUGCUGGCUUGUGUUUAGUAAUAUGUAUUUUAAUAUUUCCUUUGCUCUGCAUUCUUUUUUCCUAUACAAAAGUCAUCAUAUCAGUACUCAGAAUUAGCAGCAAUGAUGGCCGACUGAAAGCCUUUUCCACCUGUAGUACACAACUGACGGUCAUAGCUAUCUUCUUUCUUGUUGCUUCUGGCGUCUAUAUUUCCAAUCGAGUCCCCAACACUUCUGCAGAUGUGCGUAUUUUUGCAGCCCUGAUUCAGACCAUCUUACCCCCAUUGAUGAACCCAAUAAUAUACUGCAUAAGAAAUGCAGAAAUCCGAGAGAGCUUUUCGAAAAUGCUUAAAAAAAUAUAGUAGUACCACUGCGAAAAUAACACCUGAC